AUGAAGAUGUUCGUAGCCCUGUUCGCCGUCAUUGCCGUGGCCAGCGCCAUUGGAGACUAUCACCAGGCCCCGGCCAAGCACAUCCCGAUCGUGCACAGCGAAUCGUACCAUGGACACGACGGUAGCUACAAGUUUGGCUACGAGUCGGCCAACGGUAUCGCGGCCCAGGAGCAGGGCUUCGUGAAGAACGGUGGCAGCAAGGACCACGAGGUGCAGGUGGCGCACGGAUCGUUCUCCUACACCGACCCCCACGGACACCCGGUCGCCGUCAGCUACGUCGCCGACGAGAACGGCUUCCAGGCCAAGGGAGCCCAUCUGCCGACGCCGCCCCCGCUCCCGAAGGAGCUGGUCGAUGCGUACGCCAAGGCCGCCAGCCAGCCUCAGCACCACGAGGAGCCCCAGCACUAUGCGCCCCAGCCGAGCUACAAGCACAGCUACUAA